CCUCACAGCGGCCGGGAGGCGCACCAGACCGAGUGGAAACAGCAGAGUGCAGACGUCGCCAGUCAUGUCAUUUAAGGCAGAAGUAUGCAGUUUCCAUUGAUGAAGAAUUGGAAACAGCCUUCGGCUCACAAGUUAGGAUGAAGUAUAGCAUGAAGUGCGAGAAAAUCAAAAAGGACGGCCAGCCAUUGAUUGAUGAGGAGAGUUUCGCUUCCGAAGACUCCGCCAAGCUAUUCGAAAACCAGCUUUGUCCUAACACCGCUUACCAGGAGAGGAAGAUAAAAUGUGGCUGACCACUGGGGAGGCUUCAUGGCUGUCGGCCGAGGACGUGGCUGCACGGCUGCGGGUCGACCUCAGGACCGGCCUUUGGGGACUGGAGCCCGAUCUGCGCAGACACAUUGCCGGCGUCAAUGAGUUCUCAGUCAAAGAGGAAGACCCCCUAUGGAAAAAGUACAUUGAACAGUUUCAAAAUCCUCUCAUCCUGCUCCUUCUUGCCUCGGCAUUUGUCAGCGUCUGCAUGAAACAGUUUGACGACGCAGUCAGCAUCACCGUCGCCAUUAUAAUCGUCGUGACCGUGGCGUUCAUCCAGGAGUACAGGUCGGAAAAAUCGCUGGAAGAGUUGAACAAACUGGUGCCGCCUUCAUGUCACUGUGUGAGAGGAGGUGUUCUCGAGUCGUUUUUGGCCAAGGAACUCGUUCCAGGUGAUAUCGUCCAUCUAAACAUAGGUGAUAGAGUUCCAGCAGAUUUAAGACUUUUUGAGGCUAUUGACUUGGCCAUAGAUGAGAGCAGUUUUACAGGCGAGACUGAGGCGGCGGUGAAAAACACUGCCCCGGUGCUUAAGUUGAAUGGUCAUACGUCCAUGACGAACAUCGCUUUUAUGGGCACGCUCGUCCGAUGCGGAAACGGAAAGGGAAUUGUGGUGAAUACUGGAGAAAAGUCUGAAUUCGGCGAGGUGUUCAAAAUGAUGCAGUCAGAAGAAGCGCCAAAGACGCCUUUGCAGAAAUCGAUGGACAAACUUGGCACGCAGCUCUCGCUUUACUCGUUCGGCAUCAUCGGCCUGAUAAUGGUGCUCGGUUGGCUACAAGGCCGUCCGAUUCUUGAGAUGUUCAACAUCGGCGUCAGCUUGGCUGUCGCAGCGAUCCCAGAAGGCCUGCCUAUUGUUGUGACAGUCACCCUCGCCCUCGGAGUCAUGAGGAUGGCUAAACGAAACGCAAUAGUCAAGAAACUCCCCACUGUGGAAACUUUAGGAUGCGUGAGUGUGAUAUGCUCUGAUAAAACUGGCACGCUGACUAAAAAUGAAAUGACUGUGACAAUCAUAGUCACUUCGGAAAAUUACGUAGCCGAAGUCACCGGUGCUGGUUACAACGAUAACGGUGAGGUUAUUAUUCGCGACUUUGAUGGCAGUCUAGACACCGCAAAAUUUUCAAUCUACAGAUUACUCGAGGCCGGUGUUUUGUGCAAUAACGCUGUGAUAAUCGGUGAAACUCUUCUUGGACAGCCGACCGAGGGUGCUAUACUCGCAGCUGCUAUGAAACAUGGAAUGUAUGGCAUAUCAGAUAAAUACGUUCGUCUUCAAGAAUAUCCGUUUAGUUCGGAGCAUAAGAUGAUGGCUGUGAAAUGCGUCCCUGUAGAAGGGGCCAGGAAGGAGAUAUACUUUGUGAAAGGAGCGCCCGAAUUGAUAAUCCAGCAGUGCAGCAAGGUUCUCAGAAAGGAUUACGUCUGCUCCUUGACCCCUGCAUAUGCGCAAGAGUUGCUCAACGUCGCCCACGAGGUAGAGAGGAAAGGCCUGAGGGUGAUUAGUAUGGCCAGGGGCGAUUCGUUGCAGGACCUCGUGUACCUCGGCAUUGUCGGGAUCUGUGAUCCGCCGAGGCCUAAUGUGACUGAAACGAUAAACACUUUGAAGCAGGCAGGUGUAAAGGUGAAAAUAGUCACAGGGGAUGCGCAAGAAACAGCACUCUCAGUUGCGCAAAUGAUAGGAUUGGAUACUGUCCACCAUCAGUCUUUAUCUGGCGAUGAAAUUGAUGCGAUGGGCGAAUGCCAACUUGACCAGGUGAUCAACAACGUCUCAGUGUUUUACAGAGUCACCCCGCGCCACAAAGUCAUGAUCGUCAAGGCGUUCCAAAGAGCUGGAAUCGUCGUCGGCAUGACGGGUGAUGGCGUCAAUGAUGGUGUCGCCCUUAAGAAGGCAGACAUCGGCAUCGCCAUGGGUAAAAAUGGCACUGAUGUCUGUAAAGAAGCAGCUGACAUGAUACUUGUUGAUGAUGACUUCAACACCAUAGUUGCGGCGAUUGAAGAGGGAAAAGGGAUAUAUUACAACAUCAGGAACUUUGUGAGGUUCCAGCUUAGUACGAGCAUCGCCGCUUUGUCUUUGAUCGCAUUGGCGACCCUGUUCAGAAUACCCAACCCUCUGAAUGCUAUGCAGAUUCUAUGGAUAAACAUAAUCAUGGACGGGCCACCGGCGCAGAGUCUCGGAGUCGAACCCGUUGACAAAGACGUCAUCAAACAAGGCCCUAGGAACGUCAAACAGCCCAUGAUCACAAAGCACUUGAUUGUCAAUGUAUUACUCUCAGCUUGCAUAAUCAUUCUUGGAACCCUCUGGGUCUUCAAAAGAGAGAUGAGCGACAACAAGAUCACGCCAAGGGAUACAACUAUGACAUUCACUUGCUUUGUAUUUUUCGACAUGUUCAACGCCUUGAGCUGUAGAUCACAGACGAAAUCAAUUUUUCAAAUUGGAUUAUUUAAAAACAGAAUGUUCCUUCUGGCGGUAUUGUUCUCAGUCGUUGGUCAACUCCUCGUCAUAUAUUUCAAGCCUCUUCAAACCAUAUUUCAGACUGAAGCGCUUACACUAUAUGAUCUUGUAUUUCUUAUCUGCCUCACGUCGUCCGUAUUCAUUGUCUCCGAGAUAAAGAAGUUCGUUGAACGGCUCAUCGAGUCGAGUGGCAAGUCGCCCCAUCUGAACAUCGAGUUCGUAUGACAUGCGAAACCCCCCAGGGGUAAAGCGAGAGUAGACUAAAAACAACAGAGAAAAAAAUAACGAAAAGAAAAAGAGAGAGAAUGAAAUCGUGAGGGUCACCUCCGCGAUCCCCCAUUUUGUUUUCCUUCUUUUCUUUUUACGUGACGUGAGCGCGAAUUGGAGCACCGGAAAACGGAAGGCGUCCAUGAUACGAAGGUCUUCAUCCGUGUAUAACCCAACGCAAACUGCAUCAUUUUAUAAUUUUUCUCUUCUUUUUUUUUUAUACAUAUAUAAUUUAUUUUUGUACAUUGUCUUCUGCCUGUU